AUGGCUUCAACAUCAAGAGAAAUACCAGGAGAAGGUUUAAGUAAUAUUUUAUCCAAUAGAUCAGGGCAUAUUAGAUACAUUGAUCCUACAAAUAAUGCAGGGGAUGAAGAUUUAUUAGCUCAAAUUGGAUACAAACAAGAAUUGAAUAGGAAAUAUAGUACUUUACAAGUGUUUGGAAUUGCAUUUAGUAUUAUGGGUUUACUUCCAAGGUAUGAAUCAAAAGCUCACAUUUUGAAACUCAAUAGCUAACAGAUUUUAGUAUUUCUUCAACGGUUAUUUUAGGUUUAGAAUGUGGAACUGGUGGGCUAGUCUGGGGAUGGCUUGGUAUGUAUAAAAGUAAAAAGGCUAUGAGAAUGCAGUACUAACUAUUGUUUCAGUCGCCGGUCUUUUUAUAUUCUGUGUUGGAUUCAGUUUAUCAGUUUUAGGUUCAGCUAUUCCAACAAGUGUAUGUAAAUACAAAGAAGAAAAUGAUUCUGUUACUAACUUUUCAGGGUGGUUUAUUUUAUUAUGCUAAUUAUUAUUGUCCUGAAAAGGUAAGAGUACCUCUUUCAUUUAUUGUUGGAUGUUCAAAUACAUUAGGUCUUACUUCUGGGUUCAUGUCAAUUUUAUACGGUUUUAGUGUUCAAAUUUUAGCCGUUGUUAGCAUUGCACUGGAUGGUACAUUUGAAAUUACGAAUCCAAAGAUUUAUGGUGUUUUUGUUGCUGGUGUUGUUUUUGCAACUGUUAUUACUUGUAUUUCUACCAAACAUGGAGCAUGGUUGCAAACCAUAUCAAUUGUAGUCAAUGUUUUCUUAGUGCUUUUAUUCCUUAUUGCUGUUCCAGUAGGUGUAUCACGUCGAGGUUAUGGUUUUAAUAAUGCAAGUUUCAUAUUUGGUAACUUUGAGAAUUUUAGACAAUACCCAACAGGUUUUUCAUUCAUUUUGGCAUUAACUCCAGCAGUCUGGACUAUUGGUGCGUAUGAUUCAGCUAUUCAUUGUGCUGAAGAAGCAAGAAAUGCUCAAAGAGCAAUUCCAUGGGGUAUAUUAGGUUCCAUUACUGCAUGUUGGGUUAUUGGUUGGAUUAUUUGUAUUGUAUUUGCUGCUUGUAUUCAAGACGGUGAUGUAUUAAGAAUGAUUACAACAGAUACUGGAUCACCUGUUUCACAAUUGAUUUAUGAUGCUUUGGGUAAAGAAUGGGCUAUGGCAUUUAUGAGUUUAAUUGCCUUUGGACAAAUGUUAAUGGCUAUUUCCAUAAUGAUUGCAUUAUCAAGACAAGUUUGGUCAUUUGCAAGAGAUGAUGGAUUACCAAUUGUUUAUAAAUAUGUCAAAUAUAUUGACCCAAGAAUUAAAGUUCCAAUUAGAGCUUCAAUGUUUGCUGGUUGUUUAGCAACUGCAAUUGGUAUGUUGAUUUUAAUUCCUGGAUAUGCUGGUGCAGGAGCAUUAUUCAGUUUAGCGAUUAUUAGUCAAAGUUUGUCAUUUGCGACUGGUGUAUUUUUAAUUAUGGUUACUAAACAUGGUGCUAAUGUUUUUAAACCUGGUCCAUUUUAUUUUGGAAAGAAAAUUGUGAAUACAGUUCACGUAAUCACGUUGGUUUGGACAGCGGCUAUUGUUUUAGUUGCCAUGUUUCCAGAUGAUGUUCCAGCGAAUAAAGAAUCAAUGAAUUAUGCAGUUGUUGUUAAUGUUGGUGUUUGGAUACUAUCAUUUAUUUAUUAUUUAAUACAUGGUCAUAAAGCAUAUAGUGGGCCAAAAUCAAAUAUAAGUGAUGAAUAUCUUGCUGAACAUGAUAUUGAAAUUAGAGAAGAACAUCAUGUUGAAAAAAGUUAG